AUGACUAGUGGAGGCGCAAGUCCAACCCGCCGGGGAGAGCCGAAUAAUACUGAUGAAUUUCUUAAGUUCCUCCUCGAGGGACCGAGUAUGGGUUUUGACGAGACUCUCCUUCGACCCGUGAAACGCGGCGGUGUGGAGAUUCCUCUUCCUCUUGGUGCGGUGUUCGUGACCCUCCAUCGGAAGCAUAGGGAAGAGAUGUCCUGCGAUCCAUUCUACAGCUUCCUGCAAGAUGGAAACUUUGAUUCAAACAUUGGUAGUGACAUGGAGGAUGCGGAUCUAGAUGCCACAAUUGAUAACCUAUUGUCCCCUAAAAUUACUCUCGAGGAGAGUUACAACACUCUGGAUAAGUACAAUGCGGGAGCACUAUACCGACUCCUCUAUCGUCUCAUGCGCCAAUUCUGCUUCAAACCGUUUCCCAUUACAGGCAGAUCCUGUGAGCUCAUCUCUAGCAUCGACCUGUUUGAUAUCAGGGAUCCAGUGCUACGGGGACACCUAAAGUUUUGGGAGAAAGAGCUGAUUGGCUCUGAGUUUGAGCAGCCGGAGUCCUUUCAAAUACCGGAACUUGAUGAGGGUUGUAGGAAAAGAGUGGUAAGGGAAACCAUCAAUGUAUGGCAAUGGCGACAUGAGCGCAUCAGAGCGAUGAAUGUGUUGAAUAACUGUCUAUUUUACGACCUGCUGUUGGUAGAGGACGUCAGAGUGCGUCAAUUACUGCGUUUUAUAGUGGCAAAUCUGGUGGAAUUGGUGCACAGUUAUAUUAAAGGAGCGUUCAAGGAGGAAUUCCUACCGAACGAUUCAAUGCUUCAUGUGGCCGCACUGACAUUGCAUCCGGUGGAGAUGAAGCGAACGAUAUGUCGCAUUGCCAGAACCUUCGGCCAAGUCCUUUUUCGAUUGGAGAUCGAAUGGGUGACAAACAAAGUCCGCCAAUAUCCCUAUCGCCCGGACCGUGUAACCUGGGCUUGGGAACGCGCAAUUUGUGACAUGCAGGCUCACGUAUUAAAGAACAUUCUCUGUGUUAACCAUCCGGAUUUUUGGAAUCCACGCAAGCACUUGCAGGAGAAGAUGAUUCAUGAUAAUAAGGAGUGUAACCAGGCUGCAUGUGCAUGCAAAUUCUUUGAAAAUCCUGCAUUGCCCUAA